AUGCAAGAAGCCAAAAAAGCUGUCAACAGUCUGAAGAAUUGGAUAGCGCCUGGAACAAAUGAAAUACCGGCUGAAAUAAUAAAAUAUGACGGGGUAGCACAAAAAAUAUGGAACGAUGAGGAACUCCCAGAAGAAUGGAACAAGGCCAUCGUGGUACCACUACACAAGAAAAGUGACAAACUUAAUUGCAACAACUAUAGAAGAAUAUCACUUCUUAACAUGACAUAUAAGGUAUUCUCAAAGAUAUUACUAGGAACCCUUUACAACCCUUUACAGAUGAAUGAAUAGGGGAGUACCAUUGCAGAUUUCAAAAAGUGAAAUCGAAAGUAGAUCAGUUGUCGGUGAUUGGUUAAAUUAUAGAAAAAAAGUUUAAAUACAGGCAAAAUGUGUGGCAGAUUUUCGUCGACUUCAAAAAGGUAUAUAACAGCAUCCAUCGAGAAAGUCUUUAUAAUAAAAUGUACAAAAUCGGAAUUCUAUGUAAGCUUAUUUCCCUGACAAAAGUAUGCAUGAAUGGUACAAAAUACCAAUUAUGAUUCGACAACGUACUAUCCGAAGAAUUCCAAGUGGUAACAGGCUUAAAGCAAGAUGACACUCUCUCAUCACUACUGUUCAAUAUUACACUGAAGAAAAUCAUACGGAGUAUACAAAGAGAUAACUAUAAUGUCAACAUCGGCACAAACAAGAUUGGUAUUUUAGGUUUUGCGGAUAAUUUGAAUAAAGUUGGUGACAAUGGAGAGAGUGUGGCGCAGAGUACCGCAGCCCUCAUCAACGAAGCAAAACCCAUUGGGCUGAAUGUAAAUGACAAUAAAACCAAAGUGAUGGAAUUAUUACCCGAAUACAACUAG